CGGAAAUAUCGUGAGACAUCGUGCCUGUCGGUGCUCGAAUCCGGCUGGUGUUAGCGUUGGAGCCUCCAUCCCAAUCAGAAAUCUGAGAAGCAAAGGAAUUAAUUACACUCCCCAGAACACCUGCAGACUGCCGUAUUCAGACAACACAUCCAUCGGCUUGAAGGAUGGGGAAUAUUUUUGGAAACCUGCUAAAGAGUUUGAUCGGGAAGAAGGAGAUGAGGAUUCUGAUGGUGGGUCUUGAUGCAGCUGGAAAGACCACCAUUCUGUACAAGCUCAAGCUGGGAGAGAUUGUCACUACCAUCCCGACUAUUGGGUUUAAUGUGGAGACCGUGGAGUACAAGAACAUCAGCUUCACUGUGUGGGAUGUGGGUGGCCAAGACAAGAUUAGGCCUCUGUGGAGGCACUACUUCCAAAACACUCAAGGUCUGAUCUUCGUGGUGGACAGCAAUGAUCGGGAGCGUGUGAAUGAGGCCAGAGAGGAGCUGAUGAGGAUGUUAGCUGAGGACGAGCUCCGUGAUGCUGUGCUGCUUGUCUUCGCCAACAAACAGGACCUGCCCAACGCCAUGAACGCGGCGGAGAUCACAGACAAGCUGGGCCUGCACUCGCUCCGCCACCGCAACUGGUACAUCCAGGCCACCUGCGCCACCAGCGGAGACGGCCUGUACGAGGGGCUCGACUGGCUGGCCAACCAGCUAAAAAACAAGAAGUGAGCUGCGG